AAAAAAAGUUAUUAAUAUACAAAAACCGUCCCGCCGCACGGACAGAUGGUUUUGGGAUGUGGUUGAAGCAUCGGGUUUGGAGCCGCUUACCCGGACUAAUUUUAGCGUGCUUGACUACGGGCUCCUCUGGGCAUUUGUUGAAAGAUGGCAUACGGAGACGAGUUCAUUCCACAUUCCAUUGGGUGAGCUGGCCAUCACAUUGGACGAUGUCCAGUGUCUGUUGCAUAUUCCGAUCGAGGGAAAGUUUCUGAACCAUGGCAAAAUGUCAAGGGAUGAAGCGGCUGACAUGGUUAAUUCAUUUCUAGGAGUUGAUCGGAAUGUUGUUAUGGGUCAUUUUGCCAAAAUGAACGGGCUCCAUCUGAAGCAUUCUGACGUGGAGGAUAUCUAUAGUGUUAACCACGGAUUAGCUGAUAAAGCUGUUGCUGAAGGUAAGUCGGCGCAUGAGAUUAAGCUGUAUAGGGACAGGUCCAUACGGGCUUUCUUGCUAUUUUUGGUCUGUUGUACCAUAUUUAGCAACAAAAGCAGUUACUACGUGGACGUAGUAUACCUGCAGUAUUUUCAGGAUUUGUCGGCUGUCCGUGAAUGGAAUUGGGGUGCUGCUGCUCUGGUUCAUUUGCAACAUUAUCUGGAUGAUGCGUGUUUGGUGACAGUGAAUCAGAUGGCUGGGUACAUGUCUUUGCUUCAGGGCUGGAUAAUUUCUCAUUUUCCGGGACUUAGCGUGUGGGCGCAGGAUCCUAUCUAUUCUGAGGGCAUGCCUCGAAAUGCAAAGUUUGUUCCCGGAGCUGGACAUAGGGAACCAAGUAGCUAUAGAAACAGUUUGGAUAAUAUUCAGACGUACGACUGCGUAUUCAGUCCAUAUGAUGAUCACCGACACGUCCGCCCUUUGAUAAAUUCAUGA